UGAUGAAUCUGUAGAAAUAGUUGCUCUCGUUGAGUACAGUCAUACCAGGAACAUGAAGGCUCUCAUUUUGUUCGCUGUCGUGGUUGCGGUACGAGGUACCGCUAUACCAGUCGCCAUUGCUGAAACAGGAGCGAGUGCACAAUUCAGAAGUGAAGACAAUCUUGGAAAUUAUAACUUCGGCUACAAUGAAGAUCACACCUCUGGUGGAACCUUCAGGAGAGAAGCUGGUGAUGCUCAUGGAAAUGUUGCUGGCUCUUAUGGCUUGAGAGAUGCUGAUGGACGCAUUCGCAUCGUUAAUUACAUUGCUAACGAUGAUGGUUUCAAGGCUGAUAUCCAAACCAAUGAACCUGGUGUGGAGCCAAAAGAUCCUGCAGACGCAACCAUCAACAAAGCAGAGUCUGUCAUCGUGCAGUCUGCUGUUGCAGUUCCAGCUCAUGCUCCAGUAGUUGCCAUCCCAGCUGCUGAACCCGUGGCUUUAAAGACGGAACAAGUAGCAAUUUCAUCUCCUGUAUUUCCCCCAGUAUCCGCCGUUCCUGUAGCCAAAACCGUUUCUGAACCUGUUGCAGUGAAGACUGAGCAAGUGUCCUAUUCUGCUCCCGUAUUCCCAGCUGUCUCUGCAGUUCCGGUCGCUAAAAGUAUAGCUCAACCAGUCGCCUACUCUUUUCCCCAACCAGCUGCAGUUCCAGUUGCCAAAUCUCAUACUACCACAAUUACAGCUGCAGAGGCUCAACCCGUAGUCUAUUCCUUCCCAGAGCCAGCUGCUGUACCAGUAGCUAAAUCUGUUACUACAGUGACAGAAGCAAAACCCGCCGCUUAUGCAUUUCCAGCACCUGCCGUACCCGUAGCUAAAUCCGUCACAACAGUGACAGAAAGCAAGCCUGUUGCGUACGCCUUUCCAGAACCUGCUGCUGUUCCUGUUGCCAAAUCUAUCGCCGCUGCUCCCAUAGCCGUAGCUGAGGCAGCUCCUGUUGCCUAUUCUUUCCCAGCUCGUGCAGCUGUGCCAGUGGCCAAAUCCUCUUCCCUCGCAUAUGCAGCUGCCCCUGUUGCUCCCAUAGCAUAUGCUGCACCUGCCACAUCCAAAUAUUCUUAUUCCAGUCAAGUUGUCAAUCAUGCUCCAGCUCACUAUGCAGUAAAUUACGCUCACAGUCCCAUUGCCUACGCCCCACGUUAUGCAAUCAACCCAUAUUUGAACUCCCUCAGCUACGCAGCACCUUAUUACAAGUCACUGUACUCCCCAGUUGUUGCAUCUUUUGCAGGUCCUGUACCCUAUUUCAAUAACAUCGAAUACCACGGUUACCCAGUUGUCAAGAAGUAAGACUUUGUAACAUUUUAUAAAAGUUUGUGUCCGACUUUCGAGUCCCGGUGAUUUUUGUUCCUUACCUUCACUUUACUUUCAUUUAUCUGUAAAGUUAAUGUCUGAAUAAAUGUACUUAAUUUAAGAA